AUGGCUGGCCUGCGUGCAGUUAUGGGCCAUAUCACAUACCAGAGACUUGCUGACGAUGGUCCAAAAUACGGAGCUGUGACGGAAAAACAUCCGCUUACUACAGACUACUUCUUGCAUCUGGAAGAUGUGACAUCGUGGGAGCAAGAAGAACAUUUGGCCUACGAUCCAGAGAAAUCGAAAUAUCUUAUGGCUUUUAACGGAUGGGUUAUGGCUUAUGAUCCACUUAAGAACUUCGCUCUUCCUGAUUCCCAGGUCUACCUUCGACGGGAGUUGGUUUGUUGGGGUGAUUCUGUAAAACUGAACUAUGGAGAUAAACCUGAUGAUUGUCCAUUCCUGUGGAAUUAUAUGAAAGAAUAUUCGCAAGAGUGCGCUCGAGUUUUCCAUGGUUUGCGUAUCGACAAUGCACAUAGCACCCCUAUCCAUGUUGCUGAGGUAAGCUUGGGUCCCGAGCAAGGUUUCAAACCUGCAAGCUGUCAAAGCCAAUUGUUUUUCAAACCUCUUUUGUAUAAACUCAUCUUAAACAUGCAUGAACCGUGA